CUUGUCGUCAGGCCGUUGCCGUGGAGCGGAGACCUGCGUUUUUGAUACAUAGAGCAGAGAAGUUCAGUAGUUGAGGAAUGGAGAAAAAGGCCCCCAAACCUUCAUACAACUCUGCUUAUGGUUACGGGAAUUCAUCAACAGGGUCUAACUCGAGAUAUGCAACUGCACCCCCGGGUUUGAGCCCGUGGUAUGCCUCUUCUGCGGGCAACAAUGUGCAGCAACCAGAAGCACAAGCCACUCUGCAGAGGAAGUACUCCAGGAUUGGCGAUGACUACCGCACUGUGACUCAAGUGACUGAAGCUUUGGCACAAGCCGGUCUUGAAUCUUCAAACCUUAUUGUAGGCAUUGAUUUUACGAAAAGUAACCAAUGGACAGGAAAAAAUUCCUAUAAUCGGCGUUGUCUGCAUGAUAUUGGAAGAACUCCAAACCCGUAUGAGCAAGCCAUAUCUAUUAUUGGAAGGACACUCUCGGAUUUUGAUGAAGACAAUUUGAUUCCCUGCUUUGGAUUUGGUGAUGCGUCAACUCAUGACAAGGACGUAUUCAGCUUUUAUCCAGAGGACCGCCCUUGCACUGGAUUUGAAGAGGCAUUAGAAAGAUACAGACAAAUCGUUCCAGCUCUUCGAUUAUCUGGACCAACAUCUUUCGCUCCAAUAAUCGAGACAGCAAUUGGGAUCGUGGACAGCACUGGUGGCCAAUAUCAUGUUCUUCUGAUAAUUGCUGAUGGACAGGUUACUCGAAAUGUGGAUACACAGUCUGGGCAGUUAAGCCAACAGGAGUGGGACACCAUUAACGCUAUAGUGAAAGCUAGCCAGUUUCCCUUGUCUAUUGUUCUCGUUGGGGUCGGUGAUGGACCGUGGGAUAUGAUGCAUAAGUUUGACGACAACAUACCUGCUCGGUCAUUCGACAAUUUCCAGUUUGUGAAUUUCACUGAAAUCAUGUCAAAGAGCAUAGCAGCUGACAGAAAAGAGGCUGAAUUUGCGCUGUCAGCAUUGAUGGAAAUCCCUACGCAGUACAAAGCAACACUUGAUCUCCAACUCCUCGGUCGUCGCCAAGGAAUACCUCCAAGAGUUCCUCUGCCUCCGCCAACAAGGGCUGCUUCUUCACGGUCUACUAGCUCUGACCAACAGGCUGGUGUUUAUUCACGGUCUAGUGUCUUUGGCCAACAAACAAGUGGGUUUCAGCAAUCAGACAGUUUCAAACAGCGACAGCAUGCAGCUACAAGGAGGCCUGACAGUUAUUCAUCACAAAGUUCAGAAAGCACACUUUCAUGCGCCAUAUGUAUGGAUAAAUCAAAGGAUCUUGCAUUUGGAUGUGGACAUCAGACUUGCUAUGACUGCGGGGAAAAAUUGGUGCGCUGCCCUAUGUGCCAGAAGCACAUAACCACCAGGAUCAGGCUGUACUGAUCAAAAACCAACUUCCUAAAGCUUUUGAAGCCUAUAGUGCUGUCAAUACUGAAGAAGUUCGGUGCAGGAUGUUCAGAAUCCGCAUAAAUUUUACUUGUUGUCCAUAAAUUUAAGCGUUCUUACUGCAGUUGGAGUGCCUUCAAUUAGCUGGUGAUUUAAGGCCCUGCAGGGUUUAUUCUCCAUUUCCCGCAAGGGAAAUGUGGAUCGAACCGUUUCGGUAAAAUUUCUGUGUUCCAAAAGGGCUCUUCCUGUCCAUACAAGGCACUGAAGAAGUUUCCCUGGAAAAUAAUGUACAUAUUGCUUUCCUUUCUUUCUCUUGUAAAUAAAAUGAACGGUAGAGAAAUUGUAGGAUGAACCAAUUUGGAAGUCAUUUGCAUUGUAUAUUAAUUAAAACCUGUUAUAACUGUUGAAUAUUCAAUUUUGUACUCAUUUUUUUA